AUGGAUAGUGAUAGUCCGCCGUUAGCAUCCGCUCUCAAGAAGAGAAAUAGUCCUCCAAUCUGCUGGAGCCUCGGCCUUAACAAGGACACUUUCAAGACUGUCAAAGUGAUCUUACUGGGCCAACCAGGCGUCGGCAAAUCAGCUUUAGCCGUGCGAUUCGCCACAAAACGCUUCAUAGGCGAAUACGAUUGCACCACGGACAGAAUCUAUCGAGUCGACAAUCAUCUGGGAUCUUCGUGGGAAAUAGCGGAUCCUUCCGGAAAUCCACCUGCCUCCGUCGAGUCGAAAUUACGAUGGGCCGACGUGAUAGUUAUCGUUUAUUCGGUAACGGACCGAGUCAGCUUCGAUGAAACUUCUCGCCUAAGGUUUUUGGUAUCACACGCGAGAAGAGGCAGAAAGGUGCCACCGAUCGUGCUGCUUGUGGGAAACAAGGCCGAUCUCUCCUGCUCUCCGGGUGAACGCGUGGUAUCUGCCCUAGAAGGCCAGAAAAGGGCAAAAGAAAUCGAGGCUCACGCUUUCCACGAGAUUUCCGUAAGGGAAUCGGUUGAUCAGGUCACGGCCGUAUUCAUGAAUAUAUUAAGAUUGCUGACCGAAUUACACAGCAGUCAUCAGACAUCUUUUAGACUGAGAGCCUCCACAGACGGAACCAUAAAUACUCUCCGUCGACCGUCACCUCCUCCAUUAAGAAGAAGAUUUAGCAUUUCUGCUCGCGGAAAUUUAUUGUAA